AUGUUUAUCUGGGGUCUGGUAAUAUCGGCCUAUCUCUUUACCCAACAAGAUAGCGAGCGUCGAGUUAGGGACUCAGGUCAAGCCCAAAGCAUUAGCAGGACAGAUACUCCAGUGAUACCAUCUAUGAGAGAUCACAAUCGAAAAUCGAAGCGCUUAGUAGCAUCCACGCAGGUCAAGCGAUGUCUUCUAACGCAAGAACUCUCCUCAGAAGCUUCAGUGUCAUCAUGCUAUCUAUUGAAUCAACGCUUGUGGAAUAGUGAGCUGGUGAGGUCAACAGAGCAUCGAUUUGGCGAUUGCUCUGACUGA